CUCUAUGGUGGCAACUAUCUUGCAACACUGUGUUGAACUAACAAAGUGUCAAACAAAAUAUUUUAGAAAUUGUUUUUGGGGCAUUUUAUUUCGUAUUUAUUUGCUCAUUACAAAUAGCUGUGGACUAAAGGCAAUAAUGAAUACAAUAUAUAUAAAUAAAAGUGUACACGUGUUGAAGUACUUGUGAUUGCUGGGAUUUAUUCAGGUGCAAAUAUCUCAAAAUGUCGGUCCCAAAAGUUAAAAUCGAACCGCAAGAAUUUUUAAUUAAAGACAUUAAAUUUGAAAUAAAAGAAGAAGAUCCUGAAGAUGACGACACAUUUCUGGAGACAUGCAUGAAUGUUGAUGGAACGAUAGAAAAUGAAGUCAAACAGGAGCUAAUAGAAUGUGAUAUAUGUAAUGAAUCAUUUACAGGGCAGCACGAUUUAGAACAGCAUAUGCUGGAACAUUGUUAUAGUUGUACCUUUUGUUCAGAUACUUUUCCAGAUUCAAGCACCUUAGAAAUUCACCAGAAAAUACAUGCAGAUGAAAAGCUUUUUGAGUGCACAAUUUGCAAUGAAGCAUUUGCUGUAAAAUUGGAUUUUGAUCAACACGUUUGUAAUGGAGAAAAAACUUUAACGUUGAGUGAAUCUGAAAGUCUGCUAUGCAAAAUAUGUGGUCGGACAUACAAAUUUAUGAGUGAAAUGAAAAAACACAUGCUAACACACUCUGAGGAACGUCCCCACAAAUGCGAAUUAUGCAACAAGGCAUUCAAAGAAGUGAGAAUUUUGAAAACACACAAACUCAUUCACAGUGGCGUGCGUCCUCAUAAAUGCGAAUUAUGCGAUGAGACAUUCACAUUACCGCAUAACCUGAACCGACAUAUGCUUGUUCACACCGGUGAACGACCUCAUGCUUGUGCAAUAUGCGAUAAGAAAUUCACACAAGCGGGUAGUUUGAAAACGCAUAUGCUCAUUCAUAGUGGCAAACGGCCCCAUAAGUGUACAGUAUGCGAAAAGACAUUUAACCAUGUGGGUACUUUGAAUAAACACAAGCUUCUUCACAGUCGUGAACGACUACAUAAAUGUGAAGUAUGCAGUAAGAAAUUCACACUAACAGGCGACUUGAAUAGACAUAUGCUCAUUCACGACAAGGUACAUGAGUGUGAAACAUGCAAAAAGACAUUCACACGAAAGCGUCAAUUGAAUCAACAUAAGCUCGUUCAUGCUGAGGAACUAAUGCAUAAAUGCAUAAUGUGCGAUAAGGCAUUCACACUAAAGAGUCAAUUGAAACAACAUAUGCUCAUUCACAGUGGGGUUAAAUCCCAUAAGUGUACAUAGGACAUUCACACACUCAAGUGCCCUCAAAAGGCACAUCAUUUUGCACAACAAAAAGUCGUUAGAGUAGAAGUCUUGUAUCGAAAAUUCCGGACCAUCGGGCGGUAAUUAUAAAUUGUCAAUUGAAACAACAUAUGCUCAUUCACAGUGGGGCCGGAUCCCAUAAGUGUACAUAGGACAUUCACACACUCAAGUGUCCUCAAAAGGCACAUCAUUUUGCACAACAAAAAGUAAUUACAGUAGAAGUCUUGUAUCGAAAAUUUCGGACCAUCGGGCGGUAAUUAUAAAUUGUCAAUUGAAACAACAUAUGCUCAUUCACAGCGGGGCCGGAUCCCAUAAGUGUACAUAGGACAUUCACACACUCAAGUGUCCUUAAAAGGCACAUCAUUUUGCACAACAAAAAGUAAUUACAGUAGAAGUCUUGUAUCGAAAAUUCCGGACCAUCGGGCGGUAAUUAUAAAUUGUCAAUUGAAACAACAUAUGCUCAUUCACAGUGGCGUUAAAUCCCAUAAGUGUACAUAGGACAUUCACACACUCAAGUGUCCUCAAAAGGCACAUCAUUUUGCACAACAAAAAGUAAUUACAGUAGAAGUCUUGUAUCGAAAAUUCCGGACCAUCGGGCGGUAAUUAUAAAUUGUCAAUUGAAACAACAUAUGCUCAUUCACAGUGGGGUUAAUAAUUAAACUGCUUAUAUUCACGAUCAUAUUUUGAUGCACUUUUUAGCCGUUCCUCUGGCAAGUUUUUCUUUCCAGUAAUGAUACAUUCCCUAAUUUCCUAAUUCCUUUUCCCUAAUUUCAAUGGCAGGGACUGAUUUAGAUGAUUUAGAUGAUAGAUCCCAUAAGUGUACAGUUUGUGAUAUUAUUCACACACUUAAGCGCCCUCAAAAGGCACAUCAUUUUGCAUAACAAAAAGUAAUUACAGUAGAAGUCUUGUAUCGAAAAUUCCGGACUAUCGGGCGGUAUUAUAUAAAAGUUAUUAAAAAAUAACUUAUUAAAUUUACAAGUUUGUAGUACAAACGGUGCGUCCUGAAGAGCUCCUCGAAAAUCAUUAUUCUAACAAAGAGUAUAAUACAAGUUUUAUACUUCUAGUGUGAAAAG